GCGCACUCCUCUCAUUCGCUUCUGUCGCCCCGUCAGAUAAAGAGAACCCACGCGACGCGACGAAAUACUCCGCGGCACAAGAACCGGGAGUUCCGAGACUGGGUUUCGAAAGCUAUUAUCCUCCAGCCGUAAGAGACCAAGGAGGACGGCGGUACCCUUUCGUGUGACGUAACCCUAUAUUCCGUUCCAUUUAAGUUAGCUCUCAGCUUCCACGUUUCGGCAUCGCUCGCCUAACAACGCGUCCGGAAGAUCGUCGUUCUCAGAUUCGUGUCGCGAACGCAACAGUUUUCGCCUCCGUUAAAUCGUCCAACACAAACCUGUUACCGAUUUUAGUGGCUAGGCAUGUGGCUUGAUACUUUUUAUCAGCGAAACGUGAGUUCUUCUUGACGCAAACCACAGCGACGACUAUUUAUUCCUCGGAUCAAAGUUGUACUAUCGACAGACGUCACAGACGACUCAUCGCGAAAUUGACGUAUUCCAUUGUCGAAAAAUGAUUUUUGCCGCCAAAUAAACGAAAAAUGUAUGUCCAUGCUGUAGCCCGAACGAAAUAAACGAGUGUCGAUGUGUGUGUGAAUCCAAUAAAGUGACAGUUCAAGCCGGAGAUAACCGUAAUUUCCUCAAUAUAUAAUGGACGUCUAUCUGUGACCAAACAGAUUUUCGAAAUUUUCCGAGACUUAUUCUAAAUGUUGCGUGUGCCUUAUAGUGAUUUCUUAAAUUCGCGUGUAUUACACACAAUUAUGGAUCUAAUAUUAUUUUAUGCGCCAGGUCUAUCGAAUGUACUGAUUCGCUGUCGGAUAGAGAGAAUUUCUGGACUCCCGAUAGCCUCCUUCCUCCGAUAGCCAAUUAGCAGUUGUAUUCCUAUCAGAUACGCAUGUAACAGUGUGGCGGAUUAAAAAUGACAAAAAUAUUCGAAGCUCUAUUUCGACUAUGGCCUCAGUGGUUAGCAGCUCUAAUAGUAAGCCUAUUGUCCAUCAGUAUUGGUAUCGCACUCGGUUGGACAUCGCCUUACUUGGCGCAACUGACCGGUGAGAAUCCGCCGUUUCGCGUAACAGACGAAGAAGGAUCCUGGAUAGCCUCUCUAUUACCUCUCGGACGCGUCUUAGGUGCCGUCAUCGGAUCUCUCACUUUAGAAUAUGUCGGCAGCAAGAUGUCUGUCCUGUUAACAGGACUGCCAAUGAUCUUCAGCUGGAUUUGCAUAAUAUGCGCCACUUCCCCCAUAUGGCUGUACGUCUCGAGAAUAUUUUCAGGUAUAUCAACGGGAAUGAUAACCAGCUGCUACCCGCUUUAUGUCGGUGAAAUUUCGGCGCCAUCGAUCCGCGGGGCCUUGGUGUCUCUGAUUAUCAACGGAUUUCCUAUUGGCACACUCAUCGGUAAUAUAAUGGGUCCCAGUAUGCCAAUGAUGUAUUUCGGUAUCAUUAGCUUGAUAAUAACGCUAUGCUACAUGGCUAUUUUUCCAUUCUUGCCGCAAUCGCCGUAUUAUUACGUACAACGCAAUGACACUAAAAGAGCGGAACAAGCCAUUCGAUGGUAUUAUCGAAAACCGGAUGUAAGAAGCGAAUUAGAAACCGUGGAACAAUUCGUGAAGUCAACGAAUGCGAUGACCAUCAGAGAACGACUGGAGCAGUUACAAGAACCGAAGAACCGCCGCUCUUUUAUCAUGAUAAUAUUGCUAUUCAUGUUCAUGCAACUCAGUGGACUAAACACUAUUACAUUUUACAUGGAGAUCAUUGUGAGAAAGGCAAUGGUCACGUCCAUCACGCCUUCGACUGUUGUAAUCAUCAUCAGUGCAAUCUGUAUAAUUGUCGGCUGGGCUGGCGCAUUCGCCAUCGAUCGUUGUGGUCGCAGAAUCUUGUUAGCAAUCUCGUCCUUCAGCGUGAUGGUCAGUAUGAUAUUAUUAGGUUUGCAUUUCUUUCUACUGGACUACGACUACGAUCCUGAUAAUCUCGAGUGGCUGGUGAUCUUGUCGUUAGUGUUGUUCGCGCUAAUAACUUUUGGAUUCACACCCGUGCCGAGCACGAUACUAAGCGAAAUAUUUCCGUCCAAUCUGAAAAGCGUGGCUGGAUUCGUCGGGAGCAUCUCGUCGGCGAUAUUCGCAUUCGUCGCUUCCAGGACGUAUCAGCCACUGAUAGAUCUCACUAGCGAGAAGUACGUUUUCUGGAUCUAUGCAGCGAUUAUCAUGAUCAGCUUGAUAUAUUCGCUCACCAUGGUGCCAGAGACGCAAGGAAAAACGCUUCAGGAAAUUCAAGACAUGUUGGCUACGAGAAAUCCCACUGAAAGGUUACAACAAGAGAUACGCGUUGAAACCGAAAAUACUCGAACGUAGCAAAUUUUUUAACUCAUUCAAAGUAAAAAAUAGUGAUUAAUUAAUAUUAUAAGAAUCCAGUUACAAAAGAUAUGUAUCAUAUCUUUUUGUUAAUACUGUACAUAAAAAUAUGAUUUAUAUAAAAAAUUGUAAAAAUAAAUACUUACAAUAUAAAAAUAGCUAGUUACAAACAUCCGAAUAACUCAGGGACAAAAAUUUAAGAUUAAGUAUAAAUGAUAAUUUAGAAUCGAAAAUGGGAAAUGAUAAGAUUACCUGAGCGAAAAUCGUGGAUAUUCAGGUAACUUAAAUGGACCACUGUCAUUUUAACUUUUCUUUACAAUAAAAAGUAAAAAUAUCAGCAAUAAUCACAUGAUAAAAUCUCAAGUUUAGUUUAUAAUAAUUAAAACACGACAUACAAGAUGUUAUUCACAGUAUUCUUGCUUCUUACACAUACACACCCACGCACACACAUAACAGAGAUUU